AGUUCGAUUUUGAAAUCAAGCGUAUGAUUUGAGACCAAAUUGCACUCCACUGGAUUCAAUUUAUGCUAUCAUUAUUUUAACAGCUGUCAAAUUUAUGUGUUUAGUAACUCUUUAAGUCAGAAUUAAAAAUUCUAUUAUGCACAGAAUGGCUAAGCUCAGUGGGCGAAAACAAUCCAUUAUUAAACUCCCGUUUGUUUUAUCUACGGCUAAUGACAAUACACCUUUGUUCGUUUGUUGGCAGGUGUCAAUGUGGUUAAAUGCAAAGAAAAAAGCCGCCGCUUGAAGACAGACUGAGUGAAAUGUUUGAUCUUGAAUAACUCAGAUUUAGAACGUUUGCACAACGACGGCUUAUUAGAUAUACAUCAACAGGUUAUGAUGCAGAAUUCAAGCAAUGAAGACGAGAAGCUUGACAUGAUGUUGAACGAACCUAAAGUGAAGCAUGGAAGUAAGCUCUCCAAAGAGAGACUCAUCAUGCUUGCGGUGCUGGCUGUGGGAAUAAUCUCAUUAAUCGUGGGAAUCGUGUUGAUUGUAAUUGCAUCGGCCGAUCGCGACAAGAAUUCCACAAAACACGAAGAGCAAACAUCACCAACUUCUAGCCCAGUGCCUCCCAUGACCACAUGUUCUCUCUCUCACGAGGCGCGGAAUACGGGACUUCCUGAAUUCCUCAGUCGUGUUAAGGCGACAUAUUACAAGCUCCAUCCAUAUCAGGUCUAUUCCGAUCCAGACGUCCUUGAGGAUAAGAUUAAAGUGGAAUAUGUCGCUUACGAUCCUUCUCCGGAGGCCAUCAAAACACGAACAGACGCCGCACUAGCUUUGCUGAAAGAAAUUAGGGAUAAGGUUAUUAACACAGACGCGUUGAAACCCCGUGAGAGGAAAGCGCUUGCUCAAGUGAAGCAUUACCUUCAGCAUGUGUUCGGUCAGCCGUAUGACGUGAAUUACUACGCCGGGGAUUGGAUGAUGGGACCGAAUUUGUUUUGUUGGCAGCCAAUCUGUGUUCAUGGCUAUGGAGUUUACAACGGGCUAGGUCUGUAUCACAAACCCAACAACACAUUUGAUGUGGAGCUGAUAGAAGCGAAACUCAUUACUCAUAAGGAAGGCAUACUGCAGUACAUUGAAAAUAUGAAGAUGGGUGUACGUAAAGGAAUGGUGCGAAGUGUCGAGGACUGUAAAGCUGGAACUGACGCUCUUAAAGGAAAUUACAGAAGCGUUUCUUUAUACAACGAAUCAGGUGUCUUAAAAGAAUGGUUUGUUCAACCCCUGUUGGACCCUGAUUACUACAGUAACAUCACAGAAGACACUGAUAACGAAUGGAAGAAAACACAUGGUGGAAAAAAUGUUAGCGAAACUGUAAAGAAAUACCUGGUGGAGUACUUAGGUGAACCACUCAAGCAGUUGAUAAGGUACUUGGAGGUGGAACACAUCCGUCACUGCGUUCCGAGCAAUGUGUCCAGCGGCUUGGCCAACCUUCCACUAAAGUAUGUUUGGGUCAAUGGCAAAGAAAACACGUCCUGGCCAACAGAGCCUUACCUGCCCACUGGUGAACCACUAAAUGGAAAGCAGGCUUAUUCCCAAAUCAUGUCGUAUUUCACAACAAACGCCAUGAACCCGAAACAAGUUCAUGACCUUGGUAGAAAACAGCUGGACAUUUACUAUCCUAAGGUUGAGGAGCUUGCCAAAGAGGUAACUGGAGAAAGCGACAAAAACACCGCCAUAACAAAGUUCAGAGCCAUCCUGAACUCGUCCUCGAGUUACUUUAAUGCGGAACCAAUUCCAAAGAACGAAUCUGAUGAAGAAGCACACAAAAAAUGCAGUGACAUUGAAGGAGCAAAGAAAUAUUGUCCCAAACGCUGGGCUGCCAUUCAACUGUGGUUUGCUGAAUCAAGAAAGGUGAUGAGCUUCCUGGAACCGAAGACAAUUCCAAUGUUUUACUUUACUGGAGACAAAGCUACCACGCCCACUUGCCCAGUUGAUUUACAACCUGAUAUGAAUCCAUCAAGUGGAGCUCAAAGCUACAGUGGGAGUAAUGCAGAUUGCACGCGAAGUGCAAAAUACAAUAUUCCAUUUUUCCUGGACAACUUAGGUCCCAAGUUCCAGGAAUGGAGCGUCAAUGCUCAUGAGGCGAGGCCUGGGCACCAUACACAGGUUCAGGGUAAUGUGGAACAUUUCAGUGACAGCUGUGGAGGUAUAAUGGCUUGGCUUGAUAGCGCAAACUAUUACACAGCAUUUGCAGAAGGUUGGGCCUUAUACGCUGAAAAUCCACUCAUUGCUGAAGAUACUGACACCUACUUGAAGGAGCCCAUGCAGAAGUUUGGAAUGCUGCAAUGGCAGGUGUGGCGAGCUCUCCGAUUGAUCGUGGACACUGGUUUGCACUAUUAUGGUUUCACAAGAGACACGGCCCUGGAGUACUUUAGUAAAUAUGCGUGGGACGAUACAGAUGUUGCAAAAAAGGAGGUGACUCGGUACCAGAGUGAUCCUGGACAAGCGACCGCUUACAUGAUUGGUCAGUUGGAGAUAAAAGAAGCUAGAAAAUAUUCCGAGGAUGAGCUGGGUGAAAAGUUCAGUCUAAGAGACUUCCAUUACCAGGUAAACUUGCUUGUUCUUGCACUAGCCUAGAUUUUCAGCGAUUGAGAGUAGAAUCAUGCUGCUGGUCAUUACCACAUGCGCGGGC